AUGAAGCAUGCCAUAGUGGCGUGUGCUGCAUUCUUUCUGUCUGUCUCUCAUGCCGCUGAGAAUGUCGAUGCUUCGCGUUUCCUCACUGUCAAUACGACGAACGGUCCAGUUACAGGCCAUUGGGCGACGUCGUGUCGCAAUGUCGUGGAAUAUCUAGGUAUUCCAUAUGCCAAACCUCCUGUAGGCGACUUGCGCUUCGCAGCACCUCAAAAGUAUGCCGGCUAUGGCAAACCGUACGUGGCGGCCAAGUUUGGAAAUGACUGCCCGUUGUCGCCCUCCCCUCCUGUCGACUAUCCGGACUUCACACCACAGGCUCCUCGUAUCCUCGAAUAUUUUGCUUCGGCCGCCGGUACACCGCAGGGCGAGGACUGUCUAACCUUGAAUAUCUGGUCCAAGCCUACUCACCGCGCUACCAAAGGCGACAAGCCGGUCAUUGUUUUCUUUUACGGUGGACGCUUCACAAUUGGUAACACAAACAGUCCAUUCUACAAUGGCAAGCGCUUUGCUGCCACCCAGGACGCCAUCAUGGUCACCGUCAACUACAGAAUCAACAUUUUUGGGUUUCCUGGCGCACCAGGUGACGCACAAAACUUUGGACUCCUCGACCAGCGCGCUGCGGUGGAAUGGGUGCGGGAUAACAUCCGCAACUUCGGCGGAGACCCUAAGAAGAUUACCAUCGCUGGCCAGUCGUCCGGCGGCGUAGCUGUUGACUAUUGGACAUACGCAUAUCGGGAUGAUCCCAUUGUCAACGGCAUCAUCGGACCUUCAGGGAAUGCCUUCAGCUUCCCUGUUAACGCUAAGAACGUGACGGAUAAGAACUGGCAAACCGUGGUCAAUGCAGUCGGCUGCGGAUCUGCCGCGGACACCAUGGCAUGUAUGCGCAAGGCGAAUUGGCAAGAUAUCAAGACGGCUGCUGCGGCAGUGAAACCGGGGGCAAGCACCAGUGUGUUGCGAUCCAUUCCGCCGUUUUAUCCUACUCCCGAUGGCAAGACUGUAUUCUCAGACUACGUCAACAGAACGGAGCAGGGCAAAUUCGCCAAGAUACCUACUUUUGGCGGAAACAACAACAACGAGGCAGGCUACUACCGGAUCCCAGCAUAUGCCAAGGGAGUAAUCCCUACGGACCAGCAGGUUGCCCAGUUCCAUCUCGAGUCCUUCACCUGCCCAGUAGCAUUCCAGGCAAACAAUCGCCGAGAGAAUAAUGUGCCGUCUUGGAUCUGGCGAUACUUUGGCGACUGGAAUAACACGCGGCUGUAUCCUACCAGCGGCGCAUAUCAUGGUAGUGAUUUGCACAUGAUCUUUGGUGCUUCUGCUGAUGUGAGCGGCCUGCCUGUGGUUCCGAACCAGAGGAGGCUCACCUUGGUGAUGCAGAAAGCCUGGUACGAAUUUAGCAAUGACCCUUUCGACGGCCUGAGCAGCAAGAUGGGCUGGCCCAAGUUUGACCCAAAGACCAAGUCGCUGGUGGUUCUGGGUAAAGAUAACAGCCCGGUACCGGUACUCCAGAAGCCGUCGGACUACGAUUCUCCCUGCUCAACUAUCACGCUGGGUGCUCUGGGGACGACCCCUCCGUCGUAG